AUGCGAGAAAAGUUGCGAGCGGAAAGAGAUCAAAGUCGUCCAGCGAGCUUCGAUACGGUCGACGAAGGAUCUACAGACCGUGCAAAUAUGACGACAAGCCCAGAUGACCCCGCUGACGAGCCCGCUGGGUCGCUGCGAAUGCAUCGUCUGCUGCUUGUCAGACAAAUCGACACGGCGGAAUAUAUGAGCCUGCACAGCGUGACAUGUCAAAAACGGCGCCAACUCAAUGUCGGUACCUACUCGCGUUGGAUCGCAGAUCGGGGGAAACGAUUCAUCGUUUGCAUCCAGAUUUUCUCCUAA